AUGAGGAAGUCACGGCAGACUUCCAAGACGAUGAAUGUUGAGAUCCAGAAUGACUCGAAAUGGGUGAACAAUCGAGUUUGGGCGAAAGAGGUCCAAUUUGACCCAAGGUUGGGAGAGGGAAGGAGGAUAAGAAAGGGAUGUCAGAGACGACGUACGCAGUAUUACGAGCGUCGUCAGCAUCUGGCCCCAAUCACGGGCCCCGCGGCCAAGCCGCGUGUGCGAAAACGAAAAAAAAGGCCAAGAGAAAGACCCUGUUUCCCCGUAAUUUCCGUAAUUUCUGUAUUUUUGGAAUCCAUGAACACGUAA